AAAUCGAGUACCUUUCGAAGGUUAAUCCAUAUAUACUGUGAUCCUGGGACCGCGACCACACCUGAUGGUCCGCAUAUCCCGCGACAAUGGCCGACGAAAUGGAGACAUUCGCUGCCCGCCUUGCCAGCUUUGAUCUGGUAUUGCACCCAGAGAAACGAAGAACAUCGAGCGCAAAGGCCGUUAAACCCAUUGCUUGGCCUCACCGCAGGCCAUCACCCGCCGAGUUGGCGCACGCAGGGUUCUACUACAAUCCCUACGAAACAAAUCCAGAUAACACAACAUGCUUUCUGUGUCACAGAGCGCUCGACGGAUGGGAGGAGGAAGACAAUCCAAUCACGGAACAUCUUAAGCAUGCGAAUGAUUGCGGCUGGGCCGUUAUGAUGGAUAUUCAGCAACACAGCUCAAACCCCGCUGAGAUAGAGGAUCCCACAAGUGACAAGAUACGAGAGGCGAGAUUGGCCACCUUUGGCACUUCAUGGCCCCAUGAUGGGAAACGCGGUUGGGUGUGUCAGUCAGAAAAGAUGGUCGACGGAGGAUGGUAUUUUUGUCCCACUGAAGAGAGCAAUGACCUAGCAAGCUGUGCAUACUGCAAAUUGUCCCUGGACGGGUGGGAACCCAAGGACGAUCCCUUCGAUGAACAUUACCGUCGUUCCGCGGACUGUUCGUUUUUCGCCUUUGCUCAACCCUCUGGUAAGAAAGGCAAAGGCUCACGUUCGAAAAAAGCACGUACCUCCAAGGCGUCUCGUCUUUCUACCCAAUCAACUGCUUCAGAAGCUAUCUCGGAACUUGACGAUCUCAUGGACCAGAGUACUAUCUCCCAGCCAGCUACCAAGGCAAAAGGAACCAAAAAGUCAUCCAAGACAAAAUCAAAGAAUGUGAAGACCAAGAAGGAAGAGGCGGCGGAGACCGAUAGCCAGAUGGAUAUUGAUACUGCCGACUAUAGCCAGCCCGAGCCCCCCAAGACAAAACGAGCCACGCGUGGAAAGAAGAGGACAAGUGACCAAGUAGAAAGAGAAGAAGUCAAUUUGGUUGACACGGAACACUUUGAGGAAGCCGAACCACCCACUAAAAAGCGGGCCACAAAGGUGCGAGACAGCACUCAGGGCGACAGCAAUCAAAACAAUGAAGUCACCGUGGAUACACAGCCAGAAGAGAAUAUCCCAGAGGAUGAGCCCAAGAAAGGUCGCGGAACUACGAAAAAGAAAGCAUCCUCGAAGAGCCGAAAAGCCUCUAGCGGUUCAUCGUCUAAAACCGCUUCAAAAUCUCGCGUGCCUAAUGACAACGAGCUUGACGCAGCUCUUAUGGCCGACUUAGAACAGCCUGAACUUGAAGAGCAGAGUCUGGAGGUCGUGCAGAAGCCACCAAAGAAGUCCAAGCCCAAGAAGAAGCAGAAGACCACCCCAGAGCCGCAGGAGGUGGCCGAUCAUGCCGAUGAGGAAGAGACCCAGACAGGCAAAGCAUUGCCUGAAGAGCCUGAAGAGUCUGGCUCUAGGCAAGCAGCUCCAGAGGAUAAACCGAGCCAUGCCAAAUCAACGCGCAAGUCAAGGAGCUCUAACGUUUCCGAGCCAGAGCCGGAGCUUGUCACAGAGAAACUACCGAAGACAUGGAAGCGGUCGGGAGCAGAUGAAACGUUAAAGGAUGAAAUGAACUCAAGGGUUCAUGAGUCGUUCGUUUCGGUGGAGAUCCCAGCUAGAGUUCCUACUCCCGUAAAGCAGCCCAAAGCUGAACCAACCACCAAAAGUGAACCUAACGACAAGGAUCUCAAGAAGAAGACUAAACAGAGGACCUCCACGGAAAAAGCCAAGAAAUCAAAGAAAACUAGCAAAACAGAGGCUCUUGAGCGCGAAGAAACUCCUGCUCAGCAGGAGUUGGAUCCCAAACAUAGCCCCCAGGUCUCUUCAACCGGUCAUGACGUUCCUGAGCAGAGGAAACCACAAGAGCCGCAAGAACAAGAGGUCGAGCAACCUUCCACACGGCGCAGAUCAUCCAGAGUGCCUCCAAAAACGGCGGAGAGAUAUAGCGACAUUCCCGAGGAGAAACAAUUUGCUAAGACACUUGCGGGAUCACGGAGCUCAGAUAGCCAUAGAAUGUCCGACUCUGCCGACCAAGGGAAUAUCUCGCCUCUUCCUACCUCGAAGAGCACGCCGUCCUUAUCUCCGCAGUCCUCCGAUGCUGAGAACCAGCCACCAUCUCUAAAGCCUUCUGCAACGCGAUCCUAUGUAGGAUCGCCAUCCAAACAACAGAUAGUACGAAUUUCCCUAGCACCCAACACACCUUCGCCAUCGAAGCGUAACACCAAUGCCGGGGGCCUCCGCACGACCCACCCGUGGAGCCCUAUUGAUAUUGAUGAGAUCCUCCUCGCUGGGAACAGCGACAAAGAGAAUGUUGAUUUGAGUUCAGCACUGAAUAACGUGAAGGGUGAUUUGACAAGUCCAGAGAAAAAGAUGUCUGUCGAAGAAUGGAUUAAAUGGCACGCCAAGAACGGGGAGGAGAAGUUGAGGCAAGAAUGCGAGAGGCUAGUCGGGCAAUUCGAGAGGGAGGGUGCCCGUGCCAUGCGGGUAUUGGAGGGAAUUGAAUGCAUUGAUUGAUUUUGGAUUUGGGUUAAUGGGAUUUGGCUGGCUGGGAGGAGUCAAGGCAUGGGAUAUGGGCGUUGGAUAUUCGUUUUAUUGUUCAUGACCGGUGCAAAGUAUUAUUUUCAUGCAAUUUCGCUAAAUAGCAGCGCGAUAUAUGAACGUC